UACCGAGGGAAUUUCCCCAUCUCUAAGGCGUAACCCCUCUUGUGAACUAACAGUGAGAUAUUAAAAGCUUUAAUUAAUACUGAGCAGCUCUGCGAAGGAUGCCUGUUGGUACAGAGACGAAGAAUGGUCGCCAAGAGACAGGGAAAACUAAUGGAGAGGAAGAAUCAUCAAAUUCAGAGGAUGAGUCUUCAUUUUAUGAUGAGGAUGACACAGAAAGAAGAAAAGGAGAUUGCAUAGAGGAUAUUCAAUUCCUUGAGCAGCAGUUCACCGAUCUCAAGGAAAUGCUGUAUCAAGAAAAAGUUCAAGACUUGGAACACAAAAUACAAGUUGUAACUGAAGGCAAUGCUCCUGAGUACACACAGCCUCUGAGGGAACUUGAUACCUCCUUGAAAGCUCGUAUGCGUGUUGCAGAGUUGCAGCACAAAUCUCGUAUGGACAAUAUCCAGCACAAGUACCACGAGGAGGUAUCCUCCACACAGCAGGAUUUUGAGGAGCUUUGUCGGGUGACCAAGGAGAGAAUGAUUGCAGAGAUCCAGGACAAGAUGAGAAAAAUAAAAGAAGAUGUAGUCAUCAGUCGACUUAAUUGCGAAAGCACCAGCCGUAAACGGAGACCAAAAGCCGUCAAAUUCCAGCUGCCAGAUAAAAGAAAGAAACCAGUGGUUGUGAAUGGACCAUGUAUGGUGUACAUGCUGAGAGACAUUGACAUAAUGGAAGACACCAACGACAUCAGAAAGGGAAGAGCUUUCAUGGAGGUUGGAGGGCUUAAAGACAAGCCCACUCGCAAGACCAAAUCACCAGUGCUUAGAUAGCAAAAACUAUACUAUUAGGACGUUUUUACAGUGUAUAUAUAUUAUAAUUAUAACAACGAAUAUUACUAUACAAUAAUAUAUACACGAAUAAUAAUUACUACAUGGACAAACAAUCA